AUGGCGGGGGAUUCCAAGGUUCACACUUUCGAGGAAGUGUCCAAGCACAACGAAACCAAGGACUGUUGGCUCAUCAUCGACGGGAAGGUCUCUCUCUUUCCUCAAUGUGCCUUGUCGUUAGAUUGAUUAAUAUAUUUUCCGUCCCGUGGUUGAUCUUUCUGAUUUUUGAGCUGAUUAGUUCCCCUGUAAUUAUGAUUUUUCAUCACUCCUAAUACGGAAAUUGAUAUUUUAUGGAACUUGAUUGUGCCGAAGAUGAGGAAUCGUUUGUUGUAUUCGGUGAUUGGGACGUGUGUGGUCUACUUUGCAAUAUUCACAGAUUUUUUUCUGAAUUCCCUAGUAAGAUUGUCACUAUGAACCAUUAAUCCGAACUGAUCUACAAUGGACAAUGUGUGGAAGGAGAUACUACCGAGAAAAAAUUCUACUAUUCGUUAUAAUUUUUCUGCCUAGUUCUUCCAUGAGUAUUGGCUCACGUAAAAUAAUUAUAAAUGGAGGAACUACUGAGAGUUCUCCUGCUGUUCUCUUGUUAGAUUUGAAGUUGAGGUUUAAAGAAAGGUUGUUCAGUAUUUCGUAAAUAAGAAACUUCGUGUAUACAGCACUUCUUUUUAGCAUCCAAUAAGAUUUUAUUGGGUAAUCAUUCGAAUAAAGGCAUUCCUGUUCAUCAAGGACCUUGAAUAGGUCAGAGCACAUCGAUGGAAACAAAGGGAAUUCUUUGUUUUUUUUUUACUUGAUCCCACUUCCUCGCCUGCUUUGUUCAAGCUACUGAGAUGCUAAAUUGCAAGCUUGUAAAAGACCCAAGGAAGUUUUCGUUGGUGGAAGAAAAAAAUCAGGUUAUAGUGUUUCAUCUCUUUAGAUUAAGACUACAGAUGGAAAUCGAAACCAGGAGCUGUAGGAUAACUUUCCUGGAAGAGGAAAGAAACUGAUGAAUUUUAUGCUGGAAAUGUCUGUUCACUGGUGAAGGAAUAAUCAUCUGCACAUAGAACAGUGAAAGGUGCCGGCGAUUCAAUAGAAAACAGAUUUCUCCGGUUCAUCUGAAUUUCGUAUGUCGUAUUUCGCAUACAUGAAAUUUCCAUUCUGCAUGCAUCUGCCUGUCAAAGUUUCAUGAACUAACAGCACAACAGUCAGCCACCAAUAGAUUAUCAUUCGUUAAUAUUUCGUGUGAGCCUUUUGUGGGCGUAAUAACUGAAUAAGUUGUCUGGCUGCUGGAGCCCCCUGAUUCUCUCAUCCAGGAUCUGCAGUCACUCAUAGGGGAAAUCGCAGUAGUUUCUCUAGAGGGAAUAUAAUAUGGAUCCAGCUGAUUAGUAAACCCUGUUAUUAUGGCCUCAUUGUAAACUUGACAAUCUUCUCUUCAAGUUUUUUUUUCGUCACUCUGGGUUUUUUUUGGAGAUUUUUUCUCCUAAAUCAUCUGAUUUCUGCUCUUUUCUUUAAUGGGAGUUUUACUUGUCAAAGACAUUUGGCUUAUCGUGCUUAUGCUUAGGAUUCGUCCUUCUCGUGAGAGAAGAUAUGUUGGGUCUAAAGUGUGCUGACAGAAGAAAAAUUGAAGAGAAUGUGAAAGAGAAUGUAAUUGCCAGUGAGCACAUCAGGAAGGGGAUCGAUCAAGGGAUUACCUUUAGGAAAGAAUAGGUGUAUUGACUUUCUAGAACUGGUUUGUUGGCAAAAGAGAGUGGAGAGUUUGUUAGAUGUUUCCUGUGUAGUGACGUAGAACAGAAGAAUUUAGUGCUAUCCGCGAACAGGGAAAAUGAAAAAGGUUAUCUGAUAUCUCCAACUAUUAUAGUGGAGGUGCGGUGCUACGUUUAUAACACGUAUUGGGGAGGUCCAUGACAUCAGUGAAAUGUAGCCUUUGGAUAACUAUAAGAGGUAGACCCCUGUAUCAGAGUUAAAUAUUUGUCCUCUUCUUUCGGCCAGAUUUCAGCCCUCGUGAAAGGGAGUGAUUGGACUAAAAACAUUGGGAUGUAGAAAGCCUAGAAACUAAAAUCCCACUUCCAGAAAAUAUGAAAGCAAAAAGGAUGAUAUUUCUUGUUCUCGUCCGUCUGUAGUUGAGACUAUAACUCUGGAUGAUGGGGGGGGGGGGGAGUGGGUGUAGGGGAAAAGACACUGGAAUGGGAGGAAGGUUCUUUUAGGAACGAGACCAAUUGACACACUAGUUGACUUUCAGGGGUGGUGAUGAGGUCGCAGAGGGAAUCCUGGAUUCAGAGAGCCCAGAAUAAAGGAAGAAAUUGCGCCCCGCUCCUACGAAUGAAGGUGUCAGAAGAAGAAAAAACCAAAAUAAUGGAUUAUUAAGAAGUUUCCUUCUCAUUUGUCUUUGCAUUGAUCCUUCCAAGUUGUGAAAGUGGGAUAAAAUAUUACUUCAUUGGAUGACACCACCUCCUCGUUUUUUCUUUCUCCUGUCUAUUCUCCUGCGUAUAUAUUUUCUUUUUCUUUUUCAAAGACAUUUAAGAAAGUGAUAAAUAUACAGUCAAAUGAAUUUUUCAGAUCUUGGAAGUACGAUCUAGUAGAUGAUUCGAAUACUUUGUCCGUGUACUCUUCACCCUAACGCUUUCUGGAAAUUUCUUUCUGCUAAAAACAUUUUUUUUAUUCUAAAUACAGUCGGCAUGCUUAAUAAUGCGCAUUACACUCUUGUGCGGUCUCUUGAUGUGGGUAGGGACUUGGACAAUAAAUCUUUACUACAAGUGGCUGAUGUUUUCCUAUAGUUCUUGGUCAAGAUAUUUAAAAUUCAUAAAUUCGUCACAUUUACCCUUUAGUCCUUGUGCAUUUCUCACUGAAAGCGGCACAAAUGCAUAAGGAUGCCCGACAAUCCUUGUCGAAUUUCUCAGUCGCCGAGUUUAGAGUGGCACGGAAGGAGGGGAAAUGCUGCAUUCCAGGGCUCUCAAGGCUUUCUGACAGGAUCAAAUGUGAAAAUGGGGAUAUAUCUGGGGAGAGUUCCCAACCAAAGGCUGUUGGCUCUCUCACAGGGAGCUGAACGAGGGAAAGAGAGAGAGAGUUCUACUGCUAGCCCCUCAUAAUUAACCAAGCGGGAAUGAGACUUAGCAGUCCUUCCCAUUUUGAGACAUAACUAACUAGUCUAUGGUCUUUAAUCGUAAGUAAAAAGGCCUUGUAGGGCCCUGAUUGGUAAGUAGGUUAAAAAUAUCCUCCUUGUUUGUUGCAAAGGAGGCUAAGCGUUCCUCAAACAGGUGUAUGAUGUGACCCCGUUCAUGGACGACCAUCCUGGAGGGGACGAGGUCCUGCUGGCGGUAACAGGUGGGCCUUUUACCAACCCAUCUUUUACCCCUUGAGAAGAGCUAGAUACCAGAAGAGCUCAUAUUCCAUCAUCGACGCUCUCUCUCUCUCUCUCUCUCUCUCUUUCUGUGACGUGGUUACAGGGAAGGAUGCGACGAACGACUUUGAGGACGUGGGCCACAGCGACGCGGCGAGGGAACAGAUGGAGAAGUUCUACAUCGGGGAGAUCGACGCGUCUUCGGUUCCGGCCAAGCGGGCGUACAUUCCCCCGCAGCAGGCUCCGUACAACCACGACAAGACGGCGGACUUUGUGAUCAAGAUCCUGCAGUUCCUUGUCCCCCUCCUCAUCCUGGCCCUGGCCUUCGUCGUCCGCCACUACACCAAGGUCGAAUAA